AUGAGUGAAGACAAUCAAUUCAGAUCGACGUACACCUUCUGGCUCCCACCUGAGCUUUGGAUGCGAGUCGCGUAUUUUCUACCUCGGAUGCCCGAUCAACCGAGAUGGCAGCCGUGGGUCAAGUAUCGCGGGCUGAACAGGAUAUUCAAAAAAGAGAUUGAAGAUUUCUACUUCAAGCACUGGAUCAAGCGUUCAAAGCUCUGGGUGAAACGCACGGACGAAUAUCCGUUGGACGUCCCUUUUUACCUUCCCCAUGAAUUACCCGACUUACCCCCUGAAUUUUAUCCUACGUAUCUGCAUGAGUGUUAUACUUUCUCUGGCUUUCGUGAUUCCGAAAAGCGCAUCGCUAUCUUCGAGGGUCAAAUAUUGAAAUGGACAGAUCCGCGAGAUCGUGAGAAGUUAAUUCUAAUUGAGAAAAUGUUGAACGAAUUCGAUGAGCAAGGAUACAAUCCUUACAUCACUUUUGAGAUUGAAAAAGGAGUAACCGAUUUACUUCCCAUCGACCUUCGUCUGCGGCAUACCGUCAUAAGUAGUUAUUUUACCUUUGACUGGCGAACUUAUCUCUCCACUCUGCUUGACGAGCGGCGCCGUGUUGAUGAGUAUGAAGAGAGGACCGGGUGCAAAUCCCCUCUCCAACUGGCAGUAAAACUGGGAUGGAAAGUCGAUAGCAGAGAAAUGGAGCCUAUGGAAGCAAUGCUACAUCUGGCGCGAGCAGCAGGGACUGACCUUGUUGGCCGUGAUGGCCGACUGCUCGAAAUCCGCAGGCGUCGACGGUUCUGCUUAGGACUCAAAACCGGCAAAUUGCGGCGCCGACAUCGCUUACCUCAUCCACUCACUGUUGUUGAACAUCGCUUUGCACAGCUCGAUGAGGAACACGUGGCAGAGACGCUUCUGGGCGCUGCAAUGGACUCUGGCCGGUCGUUUCCUGCACAGAUAGAGUGGUAG